GGGCUGGAACUAUACAUGGUUUCGCAGUCAAUCUACUUGCUCUUCAAGAGUCCUCCCGGUACUAGACAGGCUCGCGCAGUCUAUGUCAUCAUCGGCGCGAUCAUGGCGGCCCUUGUUUCUAUCUGUUUUAUCUCCAAUGUCGUCUUCGCAGACUUCAUGUGGAUAGAUCAUCGCGACUUCCCCGGGGGACCGUACGCCUAUCUCAUCGCAAACAGUUCAGUAUGGUGGCAAACACUAGGCACUGCAUGCACUAUGGUGACGAACUUCAUAGGUGACGGUCUGCUCAUAUAUCGCCUUUGGAUCAUAUGGGGAGCCAAGUGGCCGAUCGCUGUGGUUCCUCUUAUUGUGUAUUUGGGCUCCAUCUCGAUGGCUUUCAUCUCCGUGGUUCAAGGGGCUCUUCCUGGGAGCAACUUCUUCCGCGGAAAAAGCGUCAACUUUGGCGUGCCGUGGGCUGCACUCUCUGUCUCUCUGAAUGUUAUCGUGACUGCCCUCAUCUGCACACGUCUCAUCUUGAUAAGACGCCAGGCAGCAGGUCAUCUACCCGCAGAGUUCCUUCAGAUGUACACAGGGGUUAUGGCUUUAUUGGUCGAGUCAGCCUUGCCUUUCAGUAUUUUUGGGAUCGUUUUCGCGGUUACAUACGGCAGGAAUCUCAAUGUCGCACCUGUAUUCCUCUUCAUAUGGGGUGAUCUUUGUUCCUUAUGCCCUCAAUUCAUUAUCCUCCGAGUAGCGAUGGGAAGAGCAUGGUCCAGGGAGCUCACUGCCCAAGUGGCCCACACUAACCCGAUGGUUUUUGCGCCACCCGAACAAGCCCACUAUAAAAGUUCGGAUGUAGAGGAUAUCGCGUUUGGCACCACGGGGUUACAUUCCUCACAGAAGGGUUCAGCAACAGUAGUCGGGAGUUUAGACAAGCGCUCUAGGUCCCCACAGAGCGUUAGGGUGUUCUGAUUGGGAGCUGUUCAUCACAUAUAUUUCCUGUGUGUCUUUCCAAGCGCGGUGUAGAGGUCUCCGAGUGUUAAUGAUGGGCUGACCACUAUGUCCUCUCGUACUGUUCACUGUCAAUUACCUUGUCUCUCCCACCCCCGUAAUGGUGGCUGAGCAACC